AUCGAUAAUUACCCAACUCCACCCUGAUUAGCUUUUGAAUAUUCAAGUCAUUCUCCUUUUUUCCAAACCGUUGUAGCGAUUUGAGAAUAAUGCGCCUGUUAAAAGAGGAAAUUGCUCUGUUCCAUCAGCAGACCUUGCAGAAAUACGAGGGUCUAGAGCCACAUGAUCUGUAUGUGCUUUACAAGAAGCUCCAGAUGGAGCUGGAGCUCAUCCAGGUGCAGGAGGAUUACAUCAAGGAUGAGCAGCGCAACUUGAAAAAGGAGUUCAUACACGCCCAGGAGGAGGUGGAGCGCAUAAAGGCCGUUCCCCUGGUAAUUGGCCAGUUUCUGGAGGCGGUGGACGAGAACAAUGGCAUAGUGGCCUCCACUACUGGCUCCAAUUACUAUGUGCGCGUCCUGUCCACCAUUGACAGGGAGCAGCUGAAGCCAUCCUCGUCGGUGGCGCUCCAUAAGCAGAGUAACUGCCUGGUGGACCUGGUGCCGCCGGAGGCUGAUAGCACCAUAUCGAUGUUGUCGCCUGAAGAGAGACCCGAUGUCAACUAUUCGGACAUCGGUGGUCUGGACAUGCAGAAGCAGGAGAUUCGUGAGGCCGUAGAGCUACCUCUGACCCACGCCCAGCUGUACAAGCAAAUUGGUAUUGAUCCGCCGCGUGGGGUGCUCCUCUUUGGCCCUCCUGGAUGCGGUAAGACCAUGCUGGCCAAGGCGGUGGCCCAUCACACCACGGCCUCCUUCAUCCGCGUCGUGGGCUCCGAGUUCGUCCAGAAGUACCUGGGCGAGGGACCGCGCAUGGUGCGGGAUCUCUUCCGCUUGGCAAAGCAGAAUUCUCCAUCGGUCAUCUUCAUUGACGAAAUCGACGCGAUUGCCACAAAGCGCUUCGAUGCCCAGACAGGGGCGGAUCGCGAGGUUCAGCGCAUUCUGCUGGAGCUGCUUAACCAGAUGGACGGCUUCGACGAGACCGCCAACAUUAAGGUCAUCAUGGCCACCAAUCGCGCUGACACCUUGGAUCCUGCCCUCUUGCGUCCCGGUCGCCUAGAUCGCAAGAUAGAAUUUCCACUGCCGGAUCGUCGCCAAAAGCGACUGGUGUUCACCACAAUCACCUCGAAAAUGAAUGUGGGCGAGGAUGUUGACCUGGAGGACUUAAUAGCGCGCCCGGACAAGAUCUCCAAUGCCGACAUUAAUGCCAUUUGCCAGGAGGCGGGAAUGCAUGCGGUGCGUGAGAAUCGCUAUGUCGUCAAUGCCAAGGACUUCGAGAAGGGCUACAAGACUAGCGUGCGCAAGGACGAAGCUCAAUAUGAGUUCUAUAGUUAAAUAAUUUAACCAUAUUUCAAAUCUUAUCUAAUCAUCGAUUUAAUAUUUAGAGCAUUAAAUGACCAUGAUAAUCUUAAA